UUCAGUUAAUUCCAUUCAUUUGAAGUUGUUCCGUAAAGAACAGAAUUAUUAAAUUAUUGAUUUAUGUUUCAGGAGAAGAAAAAGGAUUUAAUUCAAAAGAGGAGAGAAUUAUUUGACAAGAAUUAUUUAUUUCUCCCUCUGAACUGUAAUUUUAACUUUAAGAAAAGGAAGAAAGGGAUCCACAAGAUUAAUUCUGCUGGAAAUGGCGUCUGGUCGAAAAAAACAAAUCCUCGCUUUGCUGAAAUGGAGAAAAGGUAAGAAACAGAAAACUGAAAAAGAAGAAGUUGUGACUCCAGAUGAUAUAGAUUUUGGCUCUAAUCAACAGAAACAAAUGUCCUCACUGUUUGGGAGGAGUCAGUCAGAAGACUCAGGCCUGGACCUAUCAAACUCUUCCUAUCAAUUUCAGAAAAAUUUUGAUGCACUAGAGCACACCUCCAUCCACAGCAGAAAAAUAUCAACUAGCUCUGACCCCUACUCUGACUUAUCUUAUGACAGUAGGACAGUGCUGUUGCCAAGGACCUACAGUUUUACUGCUCUCUCAGGUGGACAGCAUGAACCUAAAGCAACAGCAUCUUCAUCAGAAGAGGAUGAUGAUUUCUUUGGCUUGAAAGACAUCAUACAAACAAUUAAUUCACAAUAUAGUCUCCCAGAGUCGAGAGAAACAGCGAAGUCUGAUUUUGCAGAUGUUACAAAGAGUGAAAUAGAAGAAGGGAAAAAGCAUAGAUUAAGUUCAAAUAACUGGCGUAAUGAGAACAAAUGGAAAACCAAGGAGGAACGUGUCAUUUUGAGAAGGCAUCAAACAAUACUUGGGUUCCAUGAACAAGUUAAGAAAAGUAGCUUCCGAAGCAAGAGUGGUGUUUCUGGACCUUCUAAUACAGGAAUGGGAAUAUUGUACAGAAUCUGUAAUAUGAUGGAGAAGAUUACUGAACUGGAGAGAGAUCGAAUGGUGCUGCUGAGGCAAAACAAUGAACUUCAGCAUCAGUUAUCUCAAAGUCAACAGACAGAAGUCACAUUUCUUAGCUGCUGUACCUGUGGUGCAGGAGCUAAGUUGAGUGCUUCUCACAUUAUUCCACGGCAAACCAUUUGUUCCAGACAGAUGCUGACAAGGAACAGCCCAAUAACAGAAGUAAAGAGUCAGGUUUCCCUUGGCCCAUCUUCAGAAGCCAGUGCAGUAUUUGAACAGUUCAAUAGCUCUCAACCCACAUUUACUGAUGUUGCUUCGACUUUUACACAGAAACCUCUGGAAACACUGAAUCUUGAAUCUGAAAGUGAUCAAUGUGUUAGCAGAGUGUGAAUGACAAAACAUUAUGCAAGGAAUUGUGUCAGGCAAUUAACUUUGAAUUUUUUGUCCCAAUUUAUUUAACUUUCACUCAACAUCCAUAAAUGUGCAUUUCCUGGAAACAGUAAUUAAAGAUUGAGCAGGAAUCUAAUAAUACUAGUGCUCCUAGGAUCAUUAUCAUUAUCCUGCUUUGAUCUGCCAAGUUAGCACAGACAAGAGAACAAGUCUGAAUUUGCAAUCUACCUUGUGAAGUAUCACUGCAUGGUACAAUCUCACAGCUUUAGAACUUAAUGAAUUGUUCUUGCAAUCUAUAGUACUAACACUGUGGUAUGGGUGGGAAGUGAUGAAUUACUGAGCACGUACCAAUAAUACGGGAAGAAUGUUCAACUUUAGUGGAAACGUUCAAUUUUAGCAGUACUUGAACAGCAAGUCAUUAAUGCAUGCUGUUCUAUUUACCGAUCCCUUAGGCAGCACUAAGGACUCAGUCUGACAGCAUCAGAUUGAGAACAUACAGAAGUUACAAUUUUUGCUCUAUGGACCUGGGUACUAUGGACUAAGAAAAUGAACUUUGCUGUCACUGAAAUUAUUGAAAAGGAUAUAUUCAUCUAUAAAAAUUCACAACAUGUGUUCCAAAAAAAUCAGCCUUGUUUCAUUUCAACAGAAUAACCCCUCCAAAACUUACUUUAUGAUAUAGAAAUGACUAUUGAUAUUAUUGCCCAAAUAUUGAACAUACUUUAACUAAAUUAUCUACCAUCUCAGUUUAAUGUUGAGAGAAAUUUUGUACAAAUGCUUAAGGGGUUUCUACAAUGAUAUUGUAAUAUCAACCACUACUUGAUAAAUUUCUUCAAUCCAGCCCUUCCAAAUGUAAAGGUCUGCUCAGUUAUGUUGCAAAUUUUGUUGAGUUUAGCUAUAAAAUUUCCCUUUGUUGUUCCAUUUAUAAGUACCAGAACAAAUGGACAACUUCAGGGACUGAAGUUACCAGUUGAUUGUAACAGAAAACAACUUGGUUGGUACAAGACAGAUUCAUGACAUCAGUGUCUUAUCUAAUAUUAUAACUCAUGGAUGUUCUAAAACUAUAGAAUUGUGAUCCUAAUUUUGUUAUUUCAAGAUUAAAAUGCAGUACUGACAGAAAGGUUAUGCUAUUUCUGAGCCUAUAAUAUCUUUUGAAUAUCUGUUGAACAUAUAUCAGAAGCGAAGCUCAAAUUAAUUAGUAUUUAUUAUAUACAUUUGAUGUAUAAUACCACCAAAUACCAAAUAUUUCCUUCAAGUGACUGAAACCUCCCCCUAAUCAUAUAAAGAGUGUAACAGUUAAAGAAUAUCAAGCAAAUUUAUGGCUGAAUGACAUUUCUUUCCUAAAUAUUUAACCAGAACUCAUAUUAUCAUCCUUUUUGUGUGAAUUUCAUUUAAUGGGGACAUAAAGCUUAAGACAGAGUACCGUAUCCAUGUGUGCUCAUGUCCGUGUGUGAACAUUUGGCUAAAAUAUCCCACUAGUUUGUUGAAGGAAAUAAGUACAGAAUUGUUGAGCACAUUUUUGCAAAGCGCAAGAUACCUGGGCAGGUGUUUAAGACGGUUAUGGUUUGCUGCAAGAUUCCUUGAUGGUAUCAUUGACGGGGCCCUUCUGUUCCUGAGGAAGAUCACUGGAUCUAAAAAGUUGACUCUCCUUACUUUCCAAGGGUGCUGCCACAUCUGCUGAGUUUCUCCAGCUCUUUCCAUUUUUGUUUCAGUUUUCCAACAUCUGCAGUUCUUUGUUUAUUACUCAAGGAGUCCCAAAUUGUGAAGAUAUUUGACAUUUUUACGAACAUGCCACAACAAAAAUCUACUCAGAUUUUCUACUCACAAAAUUAAAACAGAAAGUGUUCCUUUAGAUUUUGGUGUAUUUUCAGUGUUUUUGCAAUGAGAAUCUUUGAAUCAAAGUUCUUUCACAAAUUUUCUCCAUAUGCAUUUUGUUCACUACUAAUAUGCAAUCUCAAAUUUAAAAAAAAAGUCAUCCCAUAGAUGCCAGAAACUUCAGUCCAUUUCUUUUAGGAAACUUCGAUUUCAUAACUGGCAGAAUUCUUGGUAUAAGAAAAAUGUUCGGAGUGAGACUAUCAAAAUGGAGGUGACAAGUAGUGAUGAAAUAAGAACUAUUAUUUUUGUAAGGCUAUAUUUAUAAAUCAAGUAAGGGUGUGUUUAAGGUUGCAUUUGUUCAAUUCCAAGAUCAUGAACUGAAAUUGUGAGAAAAGACCAUUAGCACUAUUCAAGUACUUUUGAAGAACAUGCCUACGCUCAUUUUAGCAUCCAAAUGUAUUUUGAAUCAAACUGAAUUUGCCUCUAGCACCAUGAAAGGUUAUUGCAUUAUUUAUCAACCUUGAAGUAGUUUGUCCUGACAUUUGUUGAUGAUUUAUGUUUUAUACACAUUUAUUACUUGAAUUUGCAUUUUUAGUCUUUUCUCUGAUUACUUUGAUAUCAUAUUUGCAGAAGUUGAUAUUUUAAUUGGUUCUGCAGUCAUUUCUUCGUUACUUUGAAUUUAUAUCAUAGAAUGCCUCCAGUGUGGAAGUGGGCCAUUUGGCCCAUCGUGUCCACACUGACCCUCUGAAGAGCAUCCCACCCUCUCCCUGCA